UUUCCGCGCCCAGCUAGGACUGCCGGUGGAGGGGACACGCUGGUGGAGGGGAUACGCCGCCCGGGCCGUGGUGCCCGGUCUCAGGGCUGCAGCCCAAAACUCCCACGCAUUCCCUGGCGUGUCCCCGCGGCAUGCCGCCCCCUGCGCUGUUUUGCGCGCUUUGCUGCGGGCUCCUGGCUGUGUCCGUGCGUCCCAGCUACUCCGCGGACCGCUGUAGUUGGAGAGGCAGCGGCCUGACCCAGGAACCAGGCAGCGUGGGGCAGCUGGCCCUGCCCUGUGCGGAGGGCGCCGUCGAGUGGCUGUACCCGGUGGGGGCGCUGCGCCUGGCCUUGGGCGGCCCAGACCUCAGCACGCGGCCAGGAGUCGCCUGCCUACGUCCUUCGCGGCCUUUCGCUGGUGCCCAGGUCUUUGCCGAGCGCAGAGGUGGCGCCUUGGAGCUGCUACUGGCUGAGGGCCCUGGCCUGGCUAGUGGGCGUUGCGUCCAGUGGGGGCCCAGCGAGCGCCGGGCUCUCUUCCUACAGGCCACCCCACACCGUGACAUUAGUCGUCGUGUGGCUGCCUUCCGCUUUGAGCUGCACGAGGAUGGGCGUCCAGAGCUGCUGCCUCAGGCCCCUGGCCUUGGUGUGAAUGGUGCCUGCAGGCCUUGCAGUGAUGCUGAGCUUCUCCUGGCUGCAUGUACCAGUGAUUUUGUGAUCCAUGGGACCAUCCACCAGGUUGCUCAUGAUACAGAGCUGCAGGAAUCUGUCAUCACUGUGGUGGCCUCCCGUGUCCUCCGUCAGACGCUGCCACUGUUCCUGGUGGGGGGAUCUGAGGGCCAGAGGCAGGCCUCCAUUCGAACACUGCUGCGCUGUGGUGUCCACCCUGGCCCAGGCACCUUCCUGUUUAUGGGCUGGAGCCGCUUUGGUGAGGCCUGGCUGGGCUGUGCUCCCCGCUUCCAAGAGUUCAGACAUGCCUAUGCAGCUGCCCACGCUGCCCGCCUCAACCCCUGUGAGGUAGCAUUGGACUGAGUCUUCCUCUGGGGCAGGGUGUUGGGCAGGGGUUUGUGGGAGGGUAGGUGGGGAGAAGACAAUGGCUCCCAAAUGGCGUCAUGAUGCCCAGUGCUUCAGAGGUGAUAAUAAGAACAU